AUGGCACGACGUAAUAGAUCUACCACAACACCUACCACAACACCUGCGAGAUCCACUACAACACCUGCGAGAUCUACCACAACACCUGCGAGAUCUACCAUGACACCUGUGAGAUCUACUGCUAGAUUGACUAUUACACCUGGAUUAACUAUGGCUACAGCAUCUAUCUUAUUAUUAUCAAUAGCAGCCAUGUCGCCAACUUCAUCUGCAUCACCAACUUCUUUUAUAGCAUCGGUAUUUAGAAUACUUGCUACAUCUAGAGCAUUAGAAAAAAAUCAAAAAAUUUUUGAAGGACUUAUGAACAAAUUAAUGACUCCUUGUGAAGAUGAUGGAAUAUGUUUAUCAGUUAGUAGUAGCAAUGAAGAAGAGGCAA